GGUCCUAAAGGAGAAGCAGUCGGCUCCAUCACUCAACCAUUACCCGGCAGCCACCUCAUCUUCCGCGCUGCCUCUGAAUCCGAUGGUCGUUGCUGGAUGGACGCCUUAGAGCUGGCGCUGAAGUGCUCCAGCCUGCUGAAGAGGACCAUGAUCCGCGAGGGGAAAGAGGACAUGAGCACAGUCGCUACCGGGGGAGAACACUCCAUUAACUUCUACAGCCUCCUCCGAGCACACAACAUCCACGGCUUCCAGUUCAACGACAGCGACCAUCUGAAAGACCCGGACCUGUAUUCGGAUAAAUCUGACCGUGAGGGGGAGCAGGACCACGAGGAGUCGGACCCCGAAGGGUCUGGAAAGAGCGAGGAGAGCGACAGCGACACGUCGGAGCGCCAAGACGACUCGUACAUCGACCUGGACCCCAACGAACAUCUGAGGGAAACACCGUAUCUGGAACAAUCCCACGAGGAGCUCGGAGAGGCGGGCGAAGCGGCGCAGACGGAGACGGUGUCGGAGGAGAAUAAAUCUCUGAUCUGGACUCUUCUGAAGCAGGUGCGACCCGGCAUGGAUCUCUCCAAAGUGGUUCUGCCCACUUUCAUCCUGGAGCCACGGUCCUUUCUGGACAAACUCUCCGACUACUACUACCACGCAGACUUCCUGUCAGAAGCUGCGAUCGAAGAGAACGCUUACAACCGGAUGAAGAAGGUGGUGAAGUGGUAUAUCUCUGGAUUUUACAAAAAGCCAAAGGGUUUGAAGAAGCCUUAUAACCCCAUCAUUGGAGAGACGUAUCGCUGCAUGUGGCUCCAUCAGCACACCAACAGCAAGACUUUCUACAUCGCAGAACAGGUAUCCCAUCAUCCUCCUGUUUCGGCGUUCUACGUCAGCAACAGGAAGGACGGAUUCUGCCUCAGUGGAAGCAUCCUCGCUAAAUCCAAGUUCUACGGAAACUCCCUGUCGGCCAUAUUGGACGGGGAGGCUCGGCUCAAUUUUCUCAACCGAGGAGAGGACUACGUGAUGAACAUGCCCUACGCUCACUGUAAAGGCAUCCUGUACGGCACCAUGACUCUGGAGCUCGGCGGCCAGAUCACCAUCGCCUGCGAGAAAACAGGCUACAGCGCUCAGCUCGAAUUCAAACUGAAGCCUUUCCUGGGUAGCAGUGACUGUGUCAACCAGAUCUGUGGGAAGAUCAAGCUGGGGAAAGAGGUGUUGGCCACGCUCGAGGGACACUGGGACAGCGAGAUCUUCAUCAACGACAAGAAGACGGGGACCGUGGAAACUUUCUGGAAUCCAACGACCGAGCUGAGACAGAGUCGACUCACUCGAUGCACCGUUCCCCCCGAAGAACAAGGAGAAUCUGAAUCAGAGAGACUGUGGCAGCAUGUGACUCGGGCCGUCAACAACAAGGACCAGACGGAGGCCACCAACGAGAAGUUCUUCCUGGAGGAAGCCCAGAGGAAGUCUGCGCGCGAGCGGAAAGCUAAAUGUGAAGAAUGGAACCCCGCGCUGUUCGAGCAGGACCCCGUCACCGGAGAGUGGCAUUACAGAUAUGCCGACACGAGGCCGUGGGAUCCGCUCAACGACUUGAUCCAGUUUGAGAAAGACGGCUGCAUCCAGACCAAGGUCCGACACCGCACCCCUAUGGUGACGGUGCCAAAGAGGAAACACAAGAGCGAUAAACCCAAGAAGCCGGAGAGCGGAUGUUCCUCUCCUGAACCCGACCGCCAGGACUCGUCUGGCAGCGAACGACACAAAAGCAAGCAUAACAGUCGACUGAGGAAAAAGGGAGCGGACCUCAGUGAACUUCAAAGUGCCAUUGAAACCAUAAAGAAGACGCAGGAGGACAUUAACAGGAACAUCAGCGUUCUGCGGAGCCGUGCAGCCGGCCGGGUGGAGAGCGCUUCGUUCCUCCAACAGCGCGACUACGUCAUCAUCGUUUUCCUCAUCCUCCUUCAGGUCCUGAUCAACUAUGUCUUCAAGUAGCAGACACACACACACACACACACACACACACACACAGACACAAGAUCGUGGGGGACUAAGAGAUGUGAACUUUGACAUCUUGCUCUUUAUCAAAUCCUACUACAAACGUCCAGAAAAAAGGUGGAGACUUUCACACAGAGACUUUUUUUUAAAAGUUGUUUUUAUUUUUAUCCAAUCCAUUCCAAAGCUCUGGGGAGAUCCACAGAUUUCAAAGUGAAGAGGAGGAGGAGGAGGAGGAGGAGGAGGAGGAGCAGCGAGAGGAAGAGGAGGGGAUGAAGUCUCUACUGCCACUCUGGAGCUCGUUGAUUUGUCUCAAUGUAGAGGCAAAGACAGCAGCCAUUUUUAGCUCUUAUUCGUUGUGUUUUUCCCUCGAUUGAGUGACACUAUCCUGUGACUUACAUUUCAUUUUUAACAGGGAACCUUUUAACUUGGACACAAAUACCAGGACUCACAGAUUCCUUUCAUUGUAAUGUUCUUUUGUUUGCUUGGUGUGUCCUGUGUGAAUAACGGUCUGCUCGCAGCAGUGAUAAGGGAGAGAAAAACAAAGUGGUCCAAUCUAUGUGACUUUUAUUUUUUUAUCAGCUGGGGGCGUGUUGACAAAGAAGAUAAAUAACACAAAUAAUAUUCGUUCAAAGGAACAGAAGAUAUAAUUUCCGCUGUAUUAUAAAACUUCACCUUUUUGCAUACAAAGAAAAAAGUCAGCGUCAUUGCAGGUAGCGUGUAAAGACGAGCUCAUGCUAACGACAUAUUGUACAGUAUUUUAUCUUCAUGCAGAAAUGCACUGCAAACGGCAGACAUGUUGUUAAUAUCGUUUUUUUUUAUCAGUUGACAUUUUAACAUUUCUGCUCUGAGGAGGUUGUGAGCAUCGACAAAAGAUUAUUUUUUGUGAUUUUUCAUGCGUUACAGUGACUACUGCCCUAGUUUGAGGUAAAAGGGGUUGAUUUGUUCUAACCAAGUCAUCAGAGCUCAGUCUAAAAUAAGCCUUGUUAGACCUGAUGGUGAGAUAAAGACAUCUAAAUGAAA